AUGGCGUUGUUCACCACUGGUACCUGUAGCGAUGCUGCGGUGCACAGCUGUGAGCUGUGUGGGAAGGGCUUUCGCUUGCAGCGGAUGCUGAACCGUCACAUCAAGUGUCACAGCCAGGUGAAGAGACACUUGUGCACCUUCUGUGGAAAAGGCUUCAACGACACCUUUGAUCUGAAAAGACACGUCCGGACCCACACUGGAAUUCGUCCUUACAAAUGCGAGGUUUGCAACAAAGCCUUCACCCAGCGUUGUUCCCUGGAGUCCCACCUGAAGAAGAUUCACGGCGUGCAGCAGCAAUACGCCUACAAACAGAGGCGAGACAAACUUUACGUCUGCGAAGACUGCGGCUACACGGGCCCCACGCAGGAGGACCUGUACCUGCACGUCAGCAACGUGCACCCGGGAAGCGCCUUCCUGAAAAAAACCUCCAAAAAACUUGCAGCGGUUUUGCAAAACAAACUGAGCCCUGUCCUGCAGAGGAACUCCAAAGAUGAUGAGGACGACAAAGAUGAGUAA